UUAUUUUUCUUUGAACCCAUUCCCAUCCGCAAACUCAUUGAGCUAGCUGCGUUUGUUCCUUCUUCAGUUGGGUUUGAUUGCGAGUGAGUGACGAUGGGCGCGAGCAGCGACCCUACCCAAGACGGUUCCGACGAGCAGCAGAAGCGUUCGGAGAUCUACACCUACGAGGCCCCCUGGCACAUCUACGCCAUGAACUGGAGCGUCCGCCGCGACAAGAAGUACCGCCUGGCCAUCGCUUCCCUCCUGGAGCAGUAUCCGAACCGCGUGGAGAUCGUCCAGCUCGACGACUCCAACGGCGAGAUCCGAUCCGAUCCCUCCCUCUCCUUCGAGCACCCCUACCCUCCCACCAAAUCCAUCUUCAUCCCCGACAAGGACUGCCACCGCCCCGACCUCCUCGCCACCUCCUCCGAUUUCCUCCGCGUCUGGCACAUCUCCGAAUCCUCCGUUGAACUCAAGUCCCUCCUCAACGGCAACAAGAACAGCGAGUACUGCGGCCCCCUCACCUCCUUCGACUGGAACGAAGCCGAGCCCAGAAGAAUCGGCACCUCCAGCAUCGACACCACCUGCACCAUCUGGGACAUUGAGAAGGAAACCGUAGACACGCAACUCAUUGCGCACGAUAAAGAGGUCUACGACAUCGCCUGGGGCGGCGUCGGAGUCUUCGCCUCCGUCUCCGCCGACGGCUCCGUUAGGGUUUUCGAUCUCCGCGACAAGGAGCACUCCACUAUAAUCUACGAGAGCUCGGAGCCUGACACGCCUCUGGUGCGUCUCGGGUGGAACAAGCAGGACCCGAGGUACAUGGCAACGAUCAUCAUGGACAGUGCGAAGGUGGUGGUGUUGGACAUUCGCUUCCCCACGCUCCCUGUGGUGGAGCUGCAGCGGCACCAGGCGAGCGUGAACGCGGUUGCGUGGGCCCCGCAUAGCUCGUGCCAUAUAUGCACCGCCGGGGAUGAUUCGCAGGCGCUGAUUUGGGACCUUUCUUCCAUGGGUCAACCCGUGGAGGGCGGGCUUGACCCGAUUCUUGCGUACACUGCGGGUGCGGAGAUUGAGCAGCUUCAGUGGUCGUCUUCGCAGCCUGAUUGGGUCGCUAUUGCUUUCUCCACCAAGCUUCAGAUUCUUAGGGUUUGAAAUUUUAUUAAUGAUUACUCAUCACUUCUGCUUCUGUUCCCUGUAUGUGCAUGCGAAAAUUGGGGAUACUUCAGAUUUGAAGACACAGUUGUAUUGUUGUGUCUUUUAUUGUUGAAACCAAUGUUAACCUUGGUAAUUUCUGGCUUUGGGACGAAAGUAGUUUUGAUUAGGGUUUAGGGCGUAAAACUAGCCUUAGUUUGUUUCUGCUAAGUUAGUCUGCAAGUAUUUUAAAGAAAUUUUCCGUCACAUCAAUAUUGGCUUCAAUGUCGAGGUUUUUGGAUUAUCUGUGGCUGCAUUGUGAAGGAUUGAGGCGAAACUGCGACUGAUAUUUUGCAGUUUCGCCGCAAUUGCGGGAAAUUGUGGACAAAUAUGGCUUUAGAGAGUCUAAAACCUUGAUAUUGUUGUUUGUCGCAUUCUUGUUUACUAGGAAAUGGAAUGACCUUGUAUGUAAAUGUUUUUGCUUCGGUUUUGUCCAUGUUUCCUAUGUGACUCUUUAACUCAAAGAAAUUCACUUAUGAUGCA